AUGACUGAAGCAUAACAAUUAGAAGAAUUUACUAUAUAUGGGAUUUAAAGUGAAUUUAGUGCAAGAGGUUAAAUCAAAUAUGAGGAUUUGAGAUUACUUAUAUCUGAUUACAUGUAGAUGUAACCAAUCUUUUUCCUUGUUGUUCAGAUUCUAGAGCAAGAGCAUUAAAUUUAGAUAGUCGAAAAGAUCAAAAUUGAUAUCUAAACCAUCUUCUCAACUUUUAGAUCUCUCUCUUUUCUACAUGAAGUUCCUAGGGUAUUUGUGUUAUUGUUAAUUUCAGUUCUUAAAUGGACGCUUAACACAUCUUAAUGUUCGCAAUAUUAAAGCAGCAAUUCAAUUAUAUCAUGAUGGACUUCUUACGUAAUUACUUAAGCAUUAUCUAGAAUGAAGGAUAUAAAAGAUGCUUGUCUUAUAUUUCAUCUUAGAGAGUAAGAGUUAAUGAGUGAAGGUGUACCAUGUAAUGCAACUGAAAUUAACAAUUUAUUAUGGGUAAAAUCAUUUUAAUAUUUUAGGCAAUAGGAAAAGCCAUUAGUGGUAGUGUGUUGGAAGAAUGGAUUAAGAGAUGCACAGAUUUUCUUUAGAUAAAGGGAUUCAUCUAAGAAUUUGAGUUUCUCUAUCUAAUGGCCAAUACAGUUGAUAGAUGGGCUUAUUAUGAGAAGAUUCCUAAAACUAAAAUGGAUUUGACAAGAGAUCCAAAGAUGGUUAGUUCAUAAUAAUAUUUUAGGAUAAUCUGUAUGUUGUUGAUUAGACUGGUUAUAAAACUGCCAAAAAUCCAGAUGCGAAAAUUUAACAUUAUAUGAAUUAUCAAUAUAAUAUGGAUAAGGCUGUUUUUAAAGGUAGAUCAUUAAGAGAUAGAAAUGAAUAUUACAUAUAAAAAAGGACUCAAAAACAUUAAUAAUUUUUAAAAAAUAAGGAUGCAGGUAUAGGUGAGUUUAAGAAACUUUUAAGAGAUCCUGAAUUAUAUGUAGAAAUAAAAUCGAAAUUAAAAAAUGCUUAACAAAUAUUGAAUCAUUCUAAAUUAAAUGGAAAGAUGUUGAGAGUGUAAUUAUUAGAAGAAUUUGCAGGUUCAAAAGAAUUCUUUUAAUCUCAAAGUGCAUAACAUAAUAAAUAAUUAUAAUAAGAGGAGUCAAGGAAGAGUAUACCAACAAUUAAAUAAUUAAAAGAACAUCCAUAAUUUUAGAAAUAGACAUAAAAAAUAUAGAUUUCUGAAGCUAUUAAUGAUAUUAGAUUAGAUGUAUAAUAACAUAAAAAAAUGAUGCAAGAUUCUGCUUUUAUGACUGAAUAUUUGUAGAGAGCAUCAAGUGCAGUGAGUAGUACAAAGGCAUCAAUAAAAAGAAAUCAAAGUGGAAAAUUAGGAGUUUAAUCAUAAACAUCAUUAAGACCAUCAACUGCUUUGGUGAUGCCAACACAUACUAAAAUAUCAACAAGACCUAUAACAGCAAUUAGUAAUUAAGAAUAUUAGAAACCUAAAUAAUUACAAAAAAAGGUUAAAUAAAAAUAAUAAUAUUUUAGAUUCCAUAAAUAUUAGAUGAAGAAAUUGAAAUAUUUGAAAAUGAACAAUAAGAUAAGAAGAAUUAGAAUACUGUAUUUUAUGGUUCAUCUAAUUCAACUAAGCGUUUAUUUAAUAUAGACUUACCUUGGCAUACACCGUCAUUAUAAAUUUAAUGAUUUUAUUUUAAUUAAUAAAAUGUAAAAAAGGGUAUAAAUAGAGAGUAGAAAAGUAUAAACAGUUUAUGCUCCUCUAGCUACAUCUUCAUUAACAAUUCAUUCCAGAGCAACUUCUUAAUCAUAAUCAUAAAGUAAUACUGUUAAAGUUGUUUAUAAAUAACAUAAAAUACGUAACAGGUCAUUAAUAACAAGAAAUAAAAAAUAAAAAGAAAUAUUACCAUAAACAGAUAAUUGCACUAACAAAGUAUUAACUGAGAGAAAUUUAGAAAUAGAUUGUUCUUUAAUGGAACCAUCGACUACUACUAGUAUAUAAUAAUUUUAACUUGUUUGGUAAUCUCCUUACAGACCUCAUAUUUAUACAAUAUAUUUUCCAUAUCCAUGUAAAAUUAUUUGUUAUAUAAGAAAUGCUUUAAUAAACAAGAUCUUAAUAAUGUUUAGUAGAACAAAUCAAGAAACCAUUAUAUUAUAAAUUACAUGGAUAAGUGCCAUUUAAAUGUAUUUUGAGUGUUUUUGAAGCUGCGGGAUUUGAAAGAGUUGAUGAAGAUAAUUGGUUAAUUUAUUGGGGAUUAGCAAGUAAGGAAACCUUAAAAGAAAUGAAGAAAUAUUAAAAGACAAAUCAUUUUCCUGGAUGUUGGAGUGUAGGUCGAAAAGAUAAUUUAUGGAUUCAUCUAUCUAAAGUUAAAAGAAAAUUUCCAACUGAAUAUUACUUUAUUCCAAAUACUUAUUUAUUAUAAUAUGAUUUUGAGAGAUUUGAAGGAGUUAGAGAAUGUGCUCCUAAAAAGACUUUAUGGAUUAAAAAACCAGUUGCAUCUGCUAGAGGUAAUGGUAUUAAAUUAAUUAAUAAAAAAACUAAAUUAACUGCAGAUAAAAGAUAUUUAGUUAUGGAUUAUAUAGCUAAUCCACAUUUAAUUAAUAAUUUUAAAUAUGAUCUUAGAGUUUACGUUCUUAUUACAUCUAUUGAUCCAUUAAGAGUAUAUAUGUAUAAAGAUGGCUUAGUAAGAUUUGCUACUUAAGAAUAUUCACUUAAAAGUAAAGAUAUAUAAAAAAGAUUUAUACAUUUAACUAAUUUCUCAGUUAAUAAAUAAUCUCCUAAUUUUAUUGCUAAUAAUUAAGAAUAAGAAUAAUUAAUUAAAGCAUCAAAGUGGUCGCAUAAGGAAUACAAAAAAUAAUUAAUGACUUCAGGAAUCAAUCAUAAAUUAUUAUUUAAAUCAAUCUAAGAUGUUGUAUUGAAAACUUGUAUUGCAGCUGAACCACUCUUACUUGAUAGAAAUGGAAAAAGUAUAUCUAUUACUUAUUUAUUCUUAGCUUCCGAACAUAGAAACAAUUACUUUGAAUUAUUUGGAUUUGAUAUUUUAAUAGAUGAAACAUUAAAGCCAUGGUUAUUAGAAGUAAAUGUUAGUCCUUCCUUAAACUCAUCUUCAGAUUUAGAUGCAUAAAUUAAAACUCAACUCAUUUCAGAUAUGUUACAUUUGAUUGGUGUUGAAUAUAAUACUAAAAAAGCUUUUAGGAUAUAAAUAAAAAAGAAAUUAUUUGAAAGAAAUAUUAAUGAAAUUCAUUCUAUUAAUGCUAGAAAUUUUAGAUAAAAAGUUAAUUAAGAAGAUUUAGAUGUUAUGGUACAAUCACUUGAAGAAUAAUUACGUCUUGGACAAUUCAAGUGUUUGUAUCCUAAUAAAAAUAAUAUUUCAGAAUAUGAAUAGUAUUUUGAAUAUCCAAGAUUCCAUAAUAAACUAAUAUAAAAAUAUUUUGAGGAUGGAUCCAAUUGGAUCAUUUGA